GCUUCCCCCUCGACAUCCAUGACCUUAGCGUCACUUACCUGUUCUGGCUUCUCACAGGCAAGAGAGGCAGGAGUGAGUUCCUGGUCAUAUCAUGGCUCAGAAUGAGGACCUGGAAUAUCAUUUUACACCUUUCACCUUGAAACAUCCCCUCUGUGUAUCCCUCCCAAGGCUCAACCACUCUGGGCUCUACUGGCCCUCAGCCCGAGCAAGGACUCUGGGCCCCUCGCCUAGAGUAGAUCUCAAUGCCUCCCCUUGUCUGUUUAGCCCUGGAACCGAGGGCAUGGGUCAGUGCCCAGUGCUGGCAGAAACUCUGUCCUACUCAAAGCUUCAAGGGACAUGGCAAGGCAGUUUUUUGGAGCCCCAGGGCUGGCUGGGUCAGGUGGAAGCAGUGACUGCCAUGGAGGAAGAAAAGCUCCCGUGUGAACUGCGUCAGGAAGGAGGUGCCGUCGAGGACCACAGCCUGGAGCCUGAAGGGGAGCCUGGGGUCCAGAAUGGAAUGGAGGCCAGUGGAGGCCCAGGCAGCCACACCAGCAGUCCAGGCAGUGAGAAGAGAAGCACCUUAGAGGGAACCAUGGAGCCCACGGGAGACCCAGAGGCGGCCCUGCCUGGCCUUAGCCUCUCUCUCACCAACGGCCUGGCCUUGGGACAAGAUGGGAACAUUCUGGAAGACUCCAUGGAAUCCAGGCCCUGGAGGGCUAGUGGACCAGCAGAGGAGGAGGAGGAGGAUGUGUCCAGAAGUCUCUGUCCAGAUGCUGAGGACCCCCAGCUGGGGCUGGAUUGCCCUGGGGAGCCAGAUGUGCGGGAUGGCUUCAGUGCCACUUUUGAGAAGAUCCUGGAGUCAGAGCUGUUGCGGGGCACCCAGUACAGCAGCCUGGACUUGGAUGUGCUGAGUCUCACCGACGAGAGCGACAGCUGUGUCAGCUUCGAGGCCCCCCUUACACCCCUCAUCCAGCAGCGGGCUCGAGACAUCCCCGAGCCUGGGGCUGGGCUGGGCAUUGGGGACAUGGGGCCUGAGGGGGAUCUGGGGGCAGCCGGUGGUGGUGAUGGGGAGCUGGGCAGCCCCCUGAGGCGGUCCAUCUCCAGCAGCCGCUCGGAGAACGUCCUGAGCCACCUGUCUCUCACCUCGGUGCCCAAUGGGUUCCAUGAAGAUGGACCUGGGGGCUCAGGAGGGGACGACGAGGAUGACGAGGACACGGACAAGUUGCUGAACUCUGCCAGUGACACCAGCCUCAAGGAUGGCCUGUCGGACUCGGACUCGGAGCUGAGCAGCUCCGAGGGGCUGGAGCCUGGUGGCACAGAUCCUCUGACCAACGGGUGCCAGGGGGUCAGCGAAGCCGCUCGCCGGCUGGCCCGCCGCCUCUACCACCUCGAGGGCUUCCAGCGCUGCGAUGUGGCCCGGCAGCUGGGCAAGAACAAUGAGUUCAGCAGGCUGGUCGCUGGAGAGUACCUCAGUUUCUUCGACUUCUCGGGCCUCACGUUGGACAGAGCACUCAGAACCUUCCUGAAGGCCUUCCCACUGAUGGGGGAGACGCAGGAGCGAGAGCGAGUCCUCACCCACUUUUCCCGCCGAUACUGCCAGUGUAACCCAGACGACAGCACCUCAGAAGAUGGGAUCCACACACUCACCUGUGCUCUGAUGCUGCUUAACACAGACCUGCACGGACAUAACAUUGGCAAGAAGAUGUCCUGCCAGCAAUUCAUCGCCAACUUGGACCAGCUGAAUGAUGGUCAAGACUUUGCCAAAGACCUGUUGAAGACGCUUUACAACUCCAUCAAGAACGAAAAGCUGGAAUGGGCCAUUGAUGAGAAUGAGCUGAGAAAAUCCCUGUCCGAGCUGGUGGAUGACAAGUUUGGGACGGGCACAAAGAAGGUGACUCGGAUCUUGGAUGGUGGCAAUCCAUUCCUGGAUAUCCCGCAGGCCCUCAGCGCCACCACCUACAAGCACGGCGUGCUGACCCGGAAGACCCAUGCUGACAUGGACGGCAAGAGGACACCCCGUGGGAGGCGUGGCUGGAAGAAGUUCUAUGCGGUGCUCAAAGGGACCAUCCUGUACUUGCAGAAGGAUGAGUACAGGCCCGACAAGGCUCUGUCUGAGGGUGACUUGAAGAAUGCCAUCCGGGUGCAUCAUGCUCUGGCCACCAGGGCUUCUGACUACAGUAAGAAGUCCAACGUGCUCAAGCUCAAGACAGCAGACUGGAGGGUCUUCCUCUUCCAGGCACCGAGCAAGGAAGAAAUGCUGUCCUGGAUCCUGAGGAUCAACCUGGUGGCUGCCAUCUUCUCCGCACCUGCCUUCCCAGCGGCCGUCAGCUCCAUGAAGAAGUUCUGUCGACCCCUGCUGCCUUCUUGUACCACUCGCCUCUGCCAGGAGGAGCAGCUGCGGUCUCAUGAGAAUAAGUUGAGGCAGGUGACUGCGGAGCUGGCUGAACACAGGUGUCAUCCAGUGGAGAGAGGCCUCAAGUCCAAGGAGGCGGAGGAAUACCGGCUGAAGGAACAUUAUCUCACGUUUGAGAAAAGCCGUUAUGAGACCUAUAUCCACCUCCUGGCUGUGAAAAUCAAAGUGGGUUCAGAUGACCUGGAGCGGAUCGAGGCCCGGCUGGCUACUCUGGAAGGGGAUGACCCAGCUCUCCGGAAAACACACUCAAGCCCUGCCCUCAGCCUGGGCCACGGGCCUGUGACUGGCAGCAAAGGCACCAAGGAUGCCUCUACGCCUGAUACUUAGCUGGUGUGGCUGUGCAGGCCCUGGAGGCAGGCAAAUGUCCCCAGAGGGGUCAGUGAGCACAAUUCCAGCCAGAGGCUGCUUGGACCAAGCUCCAGGCAGUUAACCGGCAGCCGGAGGGGUAUGGAGAGCCUUGCGAUCAAGGAGAUACCAUUCACGGCGCUGAUCUUCUCACAUUCUGGGCCACCUCUGGCCUAGAAUCUCUCCUAGCCCUGGCUGCCCUCAAGUCAUGGGACCUGGCUUUGCAGGUCAGACAUGCUCCAGGGCUGCCAGCUGGAGAAGCCCGCCUCUGUUGCUUCCCCAGGCCCUUUCUCAUCCAGCUUCUCCCUCAUCUUGUAUUUGUGAGGAUGGGUCUGAACUCUGGGUCUAAGCUUGGACACCUACCCUGUCUCCUCUUUCCUCUCAGCUGACCUGCAGCAUCAGGUCUGUGGACCACCAGCAACGCCUUCUCCUUUCCUUUUCCCAGCAACCUUUGCAACUGGUCCCGUUCUCCGGCCUCACAUUGCAAUAAUCUGAGGCCUAGCCUCCACUCAGUGCCAAGCUGAUUCCACUCACAUGUAUGCUCGCCUCUCCUUUUAUCCACAGAGGCCUCUCCUGCCUCUUUUUUAUAUGGACACAUAUAAAUUAUAUAUAUAUGUAAAGAACUCAUUUAAAGAAAGUUUGAGAACUACUACCAACUAGAGGAUGAAAUAAGCUCAUCUCAGAGCUCGGCCUGCUAUGGGGCCCUCCGCCGCCGCCCUGACACUCUGGAUGGAAAGAUGAAGACCCUCUGUGUGGUUUUUUUUUUGCCUUUUCCUCUUCCAGCUGACUUGUGAUUCACAGUCAGUUUUCCAGUUGAUGCUUUUGGACUAAACAGGAUAUGGGUGUCACCUCCUCUGUCCCAAGGGUGUCUGUCCUGUGGGCUGAUGGCUCAGGAGCACACCUCUGUCUGUUUGGAUCUUCUUGUGAAUGCUGCCGAGGUCGCUGAGCUCCAGCGUGGCCUCUGCGCAGACCUACUGGCAGGAAUGAAGGUCACUGUACCUUGCGGAGCGCCACCUACCAGCAAGCCCAGGCUGGAUGAUAGAAUAAGGUGGAGGAAGCUGUUCGUUCAUUCAUGGUCUCGGGGAGGAAGGAGGUGGAGUAGCAAGGUUUUAAUUUUUUUUUUUUUUUAGUGAAUCAGAAAGGCCUAGCUAAGGACGUAGUUGAGAAUAGAGACACAUCACAGGUUGACAUCCUUUAAACCUUGCAUCACAUAGACCAACAAGUGAGUUGGGGGGCGAUGGGGGGAGGAUGGCCCUCUCAACAAGCUACCGUGAACCAGUCUUUCCUAUUGUUUGGCCAACAGUUUGACCUCUUUGGUGACAUAAGCCUUGUGACUAAGCGCCUAACAUUUAAGGUCCGCUCCCAUUGGAUGUGGGGAGCUGUUGAGUAUGUGGAGAGGCGUAAGGGGUUUUAAAUCCAAAUUGUUUAAAUUGGAUUAGCUGAAGUGUGUAUUAUAACCAAACCAUCUGGCCCCUUUGUUUUGCUCAGGGGAGUAAAUGCUCAUUUGAAUGAGAUCAGAAAGGCUAUUUAGGGCCAGUAAAGAGACCUCAGCCCUUUGUCCAGCUGCCUGAGGGUCCUUUGAUUUUCAGGCCAGUGUCUCACUCUCUGUGUCCUGGGGGUGGGGGCGACAGCAGAGGUGCGAGCUCAUUAGCCACAGACCCGCGCGGUUUCCCCCGACACUAGUCACGCUUCCCAUCAGUAAAGACAUUUUUUUAGUUCGCUUCCUUAAUUGUAUAAUUCUUUAUUUGUAAAUUAUAUACAUGUACUACUGUACUAAAAUAUUAUGUACAUUAUAAAACAUACACAAAAAUAGAAAUUUAAAAAAGAUGAGAUGAAAAUAAAUCUAAAUCAAAGUU